GCGGCUUAGUUUAGCAUUCGUGCGCUUGCGUUGCUGUGCGUCGCGUCAAAAUACAAAUAAUUCAUAUUCGGCCGCUGCUCGCAGUCCCGUGCGCUCUAGGUAGCGCCUUGGAGGCAAAACCGCUUUCAAAGCCAACUGCUGGGACGGGCGCGCGCCGCCGCUUUCAGCACCAGAAGAUGGCCGCGACCGAUGCCGACGACGCCUACGUCAUGGAUCUAUCCGAGCGCCACCUCUCGAGCCGCGGCCUCCACGACGCGCUCGCGCGGCUGCAGCGCGUGCUCCACGACGAGGACGAGCGCGACGGUGUUACAAUAGCGCGGCCCCUGGAACUGCUCUGCGCGGGGAACGACGUGGCGAAGUUCGCGCUGCCGGCUUCUGAAAAGCCGCCGCGGCCAGAACCCGCACCACGACAGCGCCAGCCAGAGCCGGAGCCGCCGACGGUCGAGUCCUACGCGGAAUUACAUAGAUCACAGGGCGGUUUGAUGGACAUGAUGAUGGGCUGGCAGGACGACGACGACGAGACGGUCGACGAGGAGGACGUCUACGAGGAGCCGCCGCCCCCGCCGCCGCCCCCGCCCCCGAAGCUCGCCGUGCCGCUGGCAUCGCGCAUCGUCGUCCUCGACCUUGCCGGUAAUAGACUGGGGCCGGACGCGACGCCGUCAUCAAAAGCUUUAUCGUCGUUGAAGAAGUUGAGAACUCUAAACCUCGCCGACAACGGUUUGGAGACCUGCUCCGGCUUAGCUUCUCUCGUGAAUCUCGAGGCGCUGUUCCUCCAGAAGAACUACCUGCGGAGCGCCGACGGCCUCUGGGGCCUCUCCAAAUUAUCUUCGUUAGAUUUAAGGGACAAUGAUAUAAGGAGCGUCGCGGCUUUAAGGCCGCUCAGCUGCAACGCGGCCUUGCGCUCCUUGGACGUGCGGGGCAACCCUUUGUGUGAUGAUGCGGCCAAAGCUAGAGACGCGCGCGCGCGUUUACGAAGCGUGCUCGUGCGGCUCGCGCGCCUCGGCGUCGGCCCCGACGCGCGCGACGCGGCGCCGUCGCAAACUACCAAUAAAGCGCUUGCGGACAUCAAGCCCGCGGCCGCGGGCGGCGACUCCUACGCGGGGACGCACCGGCGGCAAUUGGAAAGGCGGACCGCCCCUCAAACGACGACGCGGACGGCCCGGUCGGCGCCGCCGCGGUCGCGGCCCGCGCCGCCGCGCCGGCGGCGCGCGCCCUCGCCGCCGCCGCCGCCGCCGCCCGAAUUGUCGCCCGAGGCGCCGGCGCGCUUCCGGCCGGACAAGGAGGCCCUCGCGGACCUGCCCUGGCGCCAGCCGCCCAACCCCUUGCCGCGCUGGAUGCUGGAGCGCGAGGUCGGCGCGGCCGCGGCGGACGUCGUCGUGCGGACGCGGCGCGGCGCGGCGCGCAGGGACAUCCGGCGGGCCGCGCGCCGGGCCGCGGCGCCGCACCCGCCGCCGGAUAGAGCCGUCGACGAGGUCCUGGGGGCCGUCGAGCGCGUCAUCUCGGGGCACGAAGCGGGGCGGCACCGGAGCCGCGUGAACGCUCGUGCUGGCAAUCCGCGGCCGUUCGCGGUUUAA